AUGGCUACUUGCAACUUGCAAGUACGAAAAAGGCACGAUGGUUAUAGAGAGCGUGAUCAGCGUGGUGGUGAUCAUCCGCGCUAUAGGUCUCGUUCCCCUGCGUAUCCUAGCUAUCGAGAGUUGGUUGACAACCAUCGCUCACGCAAGGGUGACAGCAGACGAGAGCAUGACCGAUAUGAUGAAGAGUCCCGGUCAUCUAGUCGUUACCAUAACGAAUACCGUGGCCUGAGUCCAGCUCCGAAUCGCUAUGAUUCACCUCGUUCUCGUUCGGUGAAGGAUUCUGCACCAACCACCAGCUUUCGCAUCACUGAGCAUGUUGACAGCCCGUCAGCUGCUGGCAAUGAGCAGCAUCCCAAGAAGAAACGUCGCAUUGUUGAACUUGUCACGGUCCCUGUGGCUGCAGUGAGUCCUCCUCGCCCUUCCCACCGUCCAUCCACAGAGCCUAUACCUGUGGAUGAUGUUGAUGAACCAAGCCACGAAGACGAAGAUGAUGAUGUGGAAACGGUAGCACCCAUCAAGCGCCGCCACUCGUCCCAUAAGAAGAAGAAGAAGAAGCACAAGAGCAAGAAGGACAGGACUGCGGCCGGUGGCAGCUCUACAAGAGAUGAAGAUGAAUACAGCCAGGCAGAUGAAGAGGAGCCACAGCCGCCGCCGCCACCCGAGCAGCCGAAGCAAUCUGAAUCUCACCACCGUCAAAUAGAGAAAUCGCGUCGGAGCAGCAAGUCUAGUAGCAGAACAAAGUCUAGCAGUGCGCGCGAUGAUGACUAUACACUGGUGGAUAUCAUGGUGGAUCCCAUUGACCUGACCACCCACAAGGUCAAGCCAUCCAGUAGCACUACUAGCAUUCGUGACGAUGACGUCGUCCUGGCUGAUGUGCCCAGGGAAAAAUCUGAUAACAAGAAAGAGAAGAAGCACAAGAAGCACAAAAAGCAUCAUAAGCAUGAAAAGUCAUAG